UGCGCGCGCAUGCUCAGUGUCCUCUCGACAAGUUGGCAGCAACAACACGGCCCUGGUCGUCGUCGCCGCUGCGGUAACGGAGCGGCUCGGGUGGCGGAGCCCGCGUUCGCGGCUGCCCUCUCUCCUCCGGAGGCCCUUCCCGCCCUCCCCUCGGCUCCACGGCCGCCCACGGGUGAGGGGAGCCGGGCGCCCCGCGAGAGGGGCCCCCUGCCGCGGGGCGGCCCGGGAGCUCGAGGCGGCCCGGCCCGCGCGGGCAGCGGCGCGGCGCCGAGUAAGGGCGGCCUGGCCCGGACGCCUCAGCGCGGGUGCCGAGGAGCGCUCCGGGCCGCCGGGGGAGGGACGGGCCUGGCGCCCCCGCGGACGAGCCGCCGCGUGAGAGCGGACGCCCCUCGCCGUCGCCUGAGCCCAGGUUAUCCUGAAUACCACAUGUCUAAUAAUUUUGAUUGCAACGCUAACCGUUGUUUUUCACUGCCUCCAAAAGAUCAAAAUUUCUCCGGAAAUUGGAAACAUAUUUGAUUUAAAAGAAAUAACUAACAAAUGGACAAUAUGUCUAUUACGAAUACACCAACAAGUAAUGAUGCCUGUCUGAGCAUUGUACAUAGUUUGAUGUGCCAUAGACAAGGUGGAGAGAGUGAAACAUUUGCAAAAAGAGCAAUUGAAAGUUUGGUAAAGAAACUGAAGGAGAAAAAAGAUGAAUUGGAUUCUUUAAUAACAGCUAUAACUACAAAUGGAGCUCAUCCUAGCAAAUGUGUUACCAUACAGAGAACAUUGGAUGGAAGGCUUCAGGUGGCUGGUCGGAAAGGAUUUCCUCAUGUGAUCUAUGCCCGUCUCUGGAGGUGGCCUGAUCUUCACAAAAACGAAUUAAAACAUGUUAAAUAUUGUCAGUAUGCAUUUGACUUAAAAUGUGAUAGUGUCUGUGUGAAUCCAUAUCACUAUGAACGAGUUGUAUCACCUGGAAUUGAUCUCUCAGGAUUAACACUGCAGAGUAAUGCUCCACCUAGUAUGUUGGUGAAGGAUGAAUAUGUUCAUGACUUUGAGGGACAGCCAUCAUUAUCCACUGAAGGGCAUUCAAUUCAAACCAUCCAGCAUCCACCAAGUAAUCGUGCAUCAACGGAGACCUACAGCACCCCAGCUCUCUUAGCCCCAUCUGAGUCUAACGCUACCAGCACCACCAACUUUCCCAACAUUCCUGUGGCUUCCACAAGUCAGCCUGCCAGUAUACUGGCAGGCAGCCAUAGUGAAGGAUUGUUGCAGAUAGCUUCAGGGCCUCAGCCAGGACAGCAGCAGAAUGGAUUUACUGGUCAGCCAGCUACUUACCAUCAUAACAGCACUACCACCUGGACUGGAAGUAGAACUGCACCAUACACACCUAAUUUGCCUCACCAUCAAAACGGCCAUCUUCAGCACCACCCGCCUAUGCCGCCCCAUCCCGGACAUUACUGGCCACCAGUUCACAAUGAGCUUGCAUUCCAGCCUCCCAUUUCUAACCAUCCUGCUCCUGAGUAUUGGUGUUCCAUUGCUUACUUUGAAAUGGAUGUUCAAGUAGGAGAGACGUUUAAGGUUCCUUCAAGCUGUCCUGUUGUUACUGUUGAUGGUUAUGUAGACCCUUCUGGAGGAGAUCGCUUUUGCUUGGGUCAACUCUCCAAUGUCCACAGGACAGAAGCCAUUGAGAGAGCAAGGUUGCACAUAGGCAAAGGUGUGCAGUUGGAAUGUAAAGGUGAAGGUGAUGUUUGGGUCAGGUGCCUUAGUGACCACGCAGUCUUUGUACAGAGCUACUACUUAGACAGAGAAGCUGGGCGUGCACCUGGAGACGCUGUUCAUAAGAUCUACCCAAGUGCAUAUAUAAAGGUCUUUGAUUUGCGUCAGUGUCAUCGUCAGAUGCAACAACAGGCAGCUACUGCACAAGCUGCAGCAGCUGCCCAGGCAGCAGCCGUGGCAGGAAACAUCCCUGGCCCGGGAUCAGUAGGUGGAAUAGCCCCAGCUAUCAGUUUGUCAGCUGCUGCUGGAAUCGGUGUUGAUGACCUUCGUCGUUUAUGCAUACUCAGGAUGAGUUUUGUGAAAGGCUGGGGGCCUGAUUACCCAAGACAGAGCAUCAAGGAAACACCUUGCUGGAUUGAGAUUCACUUGCACCGGGCCCUCCAGCUCCUAGAUGAAGUACUUCACACCAUGCCUAUUGCCGACCCACAGCCUUUAGACUGAGGUCUUUUAACUUAAUGUUGGGGCCCUUAACAUUAUCAGGAUGGUGGACUAUAAAAUGCAAUCCUGUUUAUAAUCUGAAGAUAUAUUUCAUUUUUGUUCUGCUUUAUCUUUUCAUAAGGGGUUGAAAAAUGUGUUUGCUGCCUUGCUCCUAGCAGACAGAAACUGGAUUAAAACAAUUUUUUUUCCUAUUUAGAACUUUUCAGGCAUGGCUCAGAGCUUGAAGAUCAGGAAAAACACAUUCUUAUUAAAUCUUCACCAGUUAUGUAUGAAGGAAUCAUUCCAAUGCUGGAAAAUUUAGCCCUUUAAAAUGUUUUAGAGCCUUUUAUAUGCAGAACAUUGAUAUGUGUGUUAUUCUACAGAAUAAAUUCAAUAUUGCUGAUUUUAAAGGCAGAGAAGUUCCCAAAGUUAACUCACCUGUGUUAUCUUGUGUGUGAGUUGUUAUUGUUGAACAUACUUUACUCCAAAAUAUUGUGCCAUGUGGGUGAGUUAAUUUUACCAAGAGCAACUUUACUCUGUGUUUAAAAAAGAAGAUAGUAAUGUAUUAUAACCUUUUAUGCAAAUGUUUUUUUCACGUUAAACUAGUGAAGAUGAUUUCAAUUCAGAUUGUCUUGCGACUUCAAUUUUUCUUUUGCCAAGGCAAAACACUAAUCUCUGUAUAUUGAGAAUUCCUUAAAAUUACCAAAGGAAUAUCAUUUAAAAUUACAUUUGUUAUCUUUGUUGGAUAACUAUUUAUCAUGAAAUCUACUUUAGCCCUGUUAAACAGUAGAUGUACUCUAUAUUUCUAGGCACAGGGUUGGUUACUAAGAAGCCUAGAGGAGGAAUUUCUUUCCUUCAUUAACAUAGGGAAAGGUUUUGUAUUUUUAAAAACACUAAAAGCAGUGUCACUCCAUCUAAUAUCUUACCGUUCUGCAAAGGUGGCAGUGCUUAAACUAAAUAAUGAAUAUUUUGGAAACUGCUAAAUUCUGUGUUAAAUACAGUGCAGAAUAAGGGAAACAUUACCGUUCAUAAUAGGUAGUUUGGAUAUUUUUGUACUUGAUUUGAUGUGUGACUUUUUUUUCGUAUACUGUUUAAAUCAUGUAUGUUAUGACAUUGUUUAAAAUUCAGUUUUUGUAUCUUGGGGCAAGACUGCAAACUUUUUUAUACCUUUUGGUUAUUCUAAGCCCUUUGCCAUCAAUGAUCAUAUCAACUGGCAGUGACUUUGUAUAGAGGAUUUAAGUAGAAAAGUUGCAAAUGUAUUGACUGUACCACAGAUACAAUAUGUAUGCUUUUUACUUAGCUAGUAGCAUAAAUAAAACUGAAUCUCAACAUGCAAAGUUGAAUUCUAGGUUUGAUUUUUAAGUUUUUUUUCUUUUGCACUUUUGAGUCCAACCUUAGUGGCGAGACACCUUCUACUAAAUGACAGGCAAACAAGCCAGUACUAUUGGGCAGCUUUGGUUUUUUUCUCCCACUCUACCAGGACUUCCCUAUGGACAUUGUGUAUCAAGUGUAGGGUUGGUUAUUUUUUUAACUUUUAUUUUACUGUAGCAAAACUAGGCCUGAUUGUCUAUAAGAUAAGUAGGUUGUCCACAGGAUAAAUAGUGUGAAAUAAAUCAAGGAUUAUCUUUCAGAUGUUUUUGCUUUCUUCAUGGAGGGCCUUUCUAAGUGUAGUAAGAUUAUUUCAGGUGUGUUACAAGUUUGAGACAUGAGAAACACUUAAUGCAUGAUAGUCAUCCUUAUAUCAACUUAAAUCAACAAAUCUUCUACUUCUUUGCUUAGGUCUUCUUAGUAAGACCAUCCUAGAAACCACUGAGUUUGCUUAUUGCUGUGAUUUAAACAUAUCUUGAUCCAAGCUGCUUGUAUUUUGUUUUUUAAAAUAACAUUUCUACCAACUCAUUUAUACUCUUGAGUACUUACAGAUACUUCUGUUAAAGACCUAAUCUUAAUCUGUAAAGUUUGGUGAUUUUACGUUUUAUUGGCAGAUUUUUUAAAAGGUAUCUUCAUUCUCUAGAAAUUUUUUACUUAGAUCUGUUUUAUUGUGAAUGAAGAAUAGGAGCAAGAGGAGAGAGUUUUAGGAUAACAGAUUUUAAAAAUUGAGGUUAUUAGGUUAGAACCAUAAGCAUGCUAUGAUAUAAUCCGUUGCCCCUAUUCUACUUAAAAGAAGGUUUACAUGUUUAAUCAUCUAGAGAAAGUAUUGUGGAAAAUACUUGCUAAGUAGUCUGUCUUUCAGGCCAAGCCACCCACUUUGGUUUCCUUUUGCAAAGAGCCAUAAAAAUACGACAAGUACAUAGAAGUACUUCUAGUUAUUAAUUGCUUUAUACUUGUGCCUAGGUUCAGUCACAUGCUUUUGAGAAAACAUCUAGUAUAUUAUAAUCAGUUAUUUCUGAGGGCUUAGUUGUUGAACAGUAUUUACGUUUCUUAGAGGUAGUCAUCUUUGAUGAGUAAGACUAAAAGAAUCACAGUGUUUAAGAUUUUAUGGCUAUUUUAAGAGUAGAAUAGUGUCCACAGUUCUUGGAAUCUGAUUGCUCUGAGUAUAUGGUUCUAGGUGGGUUUUCUCUAGCUAGUUCAUAUCUCAGAGACUCUCAGAAUAUUGAGUUUCAGUGGAAGCUGAGAGAGAGGUGAACCAGGUUUGUACCUUUAUAAUCAAUCCAGUAUGAGGCCCAUUCCACUUUUGUCUAGUGCCUUUCAGUGCAUUAUCAAAGGGAAAUCCUUAAAUCCAAAAUGGUGUUGCCUUUAUUUUCCAGGGAGUAGAUUCUUUUGUGGGAUAUAGUCUGUCAUUUUUUAUAGUAUACUACCCCUGGUAUACAAAGAUAAUGAUAAUAAAUCACUGCCAUAUAACCUUGUUUUUCUAGAAGCAUGGCUCGUUUGUAUUGACCUAACAGGCAAAUAGGUUGCCUGUCCCAUUCCUCCUGUAAACAUUGUAGGUUUACAGGUUGAGUGGCCUGGCUUAGGGAUAACCAUACUCAGAAUACCCAAAUAAAAUGAACACACAUGAGCUGUGUUGUAUUUCAAAGUUAAAAAUCCACUUUUGUGUGGAAGGGUGUAGUGUAGAGGGGGGUAUUUGUAAUAGAACAUGGAAGGCAAGAUAAAAUGUCCUGUCUUCCAGAUGAUAAAUAUCUUAGGGGGUAUUUGUAAUAAAACAUUGAAGGCAAGAUAAAAUGUCCUGUCUUCCAGAUGAUAAAUAUCUUAUUUCAAAAGUUUAUUGCAGUUGUCUUUUUGACCAUGCCUGUCUGAAGAAGGGAAAUUUUACAUGUUCCAUGGUGCUCCUUAAGUAUAUGUGGAGGUUAAAGAAUAUAUGGUGAAGUAUUUCAAUUCCUGGUUUGGUGGUAACUAGUUAGUAGUUACUAGCUGUUAUGCAAAAUCAGGUUAGUUCAGAACCUCUUUGAGAGCCUUUUGGAAGAAGAAGUUUUAUUCUCAGUAAGGCAGAAUAAUCCUUUUUGUUGAUAGUUUCUAUAGGUUGCUCCCUCCAUCAUUGAGUCAUUUUACUGGCAUUUAAUAAUAGCAGAUUGGGAAAAUGGUGAAUUUUAGGUUACUGGGGUAAAUGAGUAUAUGAAAGCAAUUACCUGUAUGUAAAGUCAGUUAACAACUCUUGUGGAUGGGGUUUGGCCAAGACUAGUAGAUAGAAGAAAUGCUUUUUUUUUUUUCCUUCCUAAAGGCAGAACCCAUUGUUGCGGAUAGCUGUCUGUAAAUAAUCACCUAAGUCCUCCUUUGCAAGAUCAUUGAAGAUGGGGUAUGAGAAUCUCGUGUGCAACCUUUCUAUUUUUUCCUCACAACUAGAUAAUUUCUUUUCUCCUAAGAUAUAUCAGGAAGGAUGUAAAAAGUUAGUGGCCUUAUUCAUAGCAUCCUCAGGCCCAGCCUUGUCUGUAAGCACUUGUCCCAGUGUUGCUAGGUUGUUUAUCUUAUUUAUCUGGUAUCACUGUGGAAUGGAAUUUUCUGCAUAAUCCAAACUUGCCUUAUUUAAGCAGUAAAACUUUUUUUACUUUGGCCAUUUUUUUGGGUGGAGUUAUUUGAUAUGUAUAUUAGAGAACAUACUAGAUACAGUGUUUCUUUGUGCCUCCUGUCUUGUAGACUUUAGAGGCUGCUAAGACAUGUGGGACAUUUAGUUUUACCUGCACGAAAUGGUCGCAGACUCCUAUGGUUUGGAAUGUUUGGUUUUGUUAUACUCCCCCCCCCUCCCCCUUUAAUGACAGCAACCACUUCCUGUGUGUUACUAGUAUACCUCCCCUUAGUUCCUUCUUCCCUUUCUGAUACAUUUUCCCGACUGGGCAAGGAAGCCAGAUAACCAUACUUAUUAGAACUUUCUUUAAAACACCAGGGCAAACUGGGACAGGACCCAAGGAAGUUUCCUGUAAAGUAUUGAAAAGAACUUCACUGCUUUGGCAUUUGAUAUCAGUUUGACUGCUUAGUGUGCUUCCUGAUUCUUGCUGAGUUUCAGGUAGUUCAGAUAGAGAGAAAUGAGUCAUAUUCAUAAUUUUCCCCUUUGAAAGGUUUUGUUGCUUCCACUUGAAUGCUGCUCAAACAAAAACUGGGGUUACAAGGGUUGGUUACUAAGUUUGCAUCAAUAGCCAGAGGCAAUACCAUUGCCUAGAGGACACCAGCAAAAAAAAAAAAAAAAAAAAGCAAAAAAACAAAAACCUUGGAAAAUGAGGGGGUCAUUUUUGUUUUGUUUCGGUGUCCCCUUUUUGAGUCCUAUCUUCUGGCCUUCCUCCUCUAUAGAUAUUUUUGACCUUUAGGUGCCUUUAUGAGAAUUGAGGGUCUGAUAUCCUGCCCCAAAGAGUAGCUAAAGUGAUUGCUGAUGUUUUCAGGGAUUUUAACAUCAGACUUGAAUGAGUGAAUGAACCUUUUUUUCUUUUCCUUUCAUCAUCUUUUUUUUUUUUUUUUAAUGUAGGAAGAACUAAGGAGAAAGCUCCAGUGAAGACAAUCAUUUCUCUCUAUUGACGCGGAUAAUUGUCAGUUUGUUUCAGAUGCUUUCUCAAUAGGUCUCAGAACUAGUGUUCUUGUUCAACCUGAAACUAGUAGUGGUUCUGGGCUGGGGCCAGACAGUUGCACUCUCUAGUUUGCGCUCUGCCACUAAUUUGAUGUAUGACCUUGGGCAAGUCAUUUACCUUCUUUGGGCCUCAGUUGCCUCAUCUGUAAAAUGAGGGAGUUGGACUAGAUGAGUUCUUCCAGCUCUGAAGUUUAAGUGACCUUGCCUACCUUGCAGCAGUUUUUGAUUUCUUCCUUACCUUUGGUCUGCUGUCUGAGGGGGCUUUUUACUUAUUUCCACAUUAUUCAAAUGAGACUAGGCUUGAUAUUUUAUUACUGUUCUGUGGACAAGAAGUUACAUAAUAUGUCCUUAAAACUUAAAUUCAACCAAAGGCCUAGCACCGCCUUGGGGGCUGCAAUAAAUACUUUAAAAAAAAUGGAGAAAAGCCUUUAUUUCAUUUUCCCAUCAUCUCUAUUCAAGGUGUAUUAAGGCUUUUUUUGGAGUCAUGAUAUUCUACCUUUUGGGUUGGUAUGUGUGUGACACCAUCCUCUUAAGUACUGUGUGCUGGUAAUUUUUUUUUUAAACUAAAAUGGAUUGAAAACUUACUGUAAAUGCCUAAUGGUUAUCAGAGGUCAUUGCUUUGGGUCUUUGGUUUCUUAACUCUUCUAUUCUCAAAACAGGGAAAUUCCCUUGAACUGUGUCAAUUAAAAUGGUUUAUAUGACUCAAGAAGUCAAUACCAGUGGAUGAUUAUUCACUUUAUUUUUGGCUCUUUUUAGGUCCAUUUUGAUUAGAAGACUUUUGGCUGGAGCAUUCCUUUCAGAGUUCUCUUCCAGCCUAUCCUUGGAUGAGUAUAAUUAAUGGACUUGGCUUUUUCAAGGACCUUGAGAACCUUCCUUGGGGGGUGGGUCAAGGGUAGGGGAUUGGGGAGUCCUGGUAGAGGCCACCUCUGUGGUAGCUGGAAAGGAAGGAAUGAAACCAGCUGCUGUUGCUGUGGCUGCUUGUCAUUGAUAGAAGGACUCAUGGGCUUGGAUUGGUUAAAAGGCCAAACAUGGAGUCAGCAAACUUAUUCCAAGUAUGGGUUCUGGCCGAUGCCUUGGACAUGUGAUUUAAGGGAAAAGUAUGAAAGCUCCUGGAUAAUGAAAACCUGGUGAGCUGCAGAACCAUUUGGAGGAGGUGACUAGGAUUUGGGAACAGAUUUGGUGAUAGUAUUUCCCAACUCUGUCUCCUUCUCUGAAGUCAGAGAAAUGCAGCUAUGCCAAAACUCACAGAAGAGCCACAUUUAACUUCUGCUUUUGGGAAAGCUGGUUAGCUAAGGCUGGUAGUUCCUUUGUGGCUUUUUGUAUACUUUUGCCUGGUUGAAGUCUGUGGCUAAAAAAUAGUUGAACCUUUCCUGAGAACUCUGUAACAAAGUAUGUUUUUGAUUAAAAGAGAAAGCCAAUUAAA